ACCGACGUCACUACACAGUGUGACGUAUGUUCCUGUGACGCGCAGAAAUUUUAAACUCUCGUCCUUCUCAGUGAUGGCGGCUUCGUUUCGUUCUCUCCCUGCAAGCUGUAACAACAAAUGGUACUACUCCCGACAACAGAUCGACAACAGCCCGUCCCGGAGAGCUGGACUGGAUCCGGACAAAGAGCUGUCGUACAGACAACAGGCGGCCAACCUGCUGCAGGACAUGGGCCAGAGGCUCAACGUGUCUCAACUUACAAUUAAUACAGCCAUUGUGUACAUGCACCGAUUCUACAUGGUCCAGUCGUUCACCAGAUUCCACAGAAAUGUUAUCUCUCCCGCUGCGCUCUUCCUGGCUGCAAAGGUGGAGGAGCAGCCCAGGAAGCUGGAGCACGUAAUCAAGGUGGCCCAUGCAUGUCUGAACCCUCAGGACCCUUCACCAGAUGUACGCAGUGAUGCUUACCUGCAACAAGCCCAAGACCUGGUUAUUCUUGAGAGCAUAAUACUGCAGACUUUGGCAUUUGAAAUCACCAUUGACCAUCCACACACUCAUGUUGUCAAGUGCACUCAGCUGGUCAGAGUUGUUCCAGCGAGUAAGGAUUUGGCUCAAACAUCAUACUUUAUGGCCACGAACAGUCUGCACUUGACCACGUUCUGCCUGCAGUACAGUCCACCCGUCGUGGCCUGCGUGUGCAUCCACCUCGCCUGCAAAUGGUCGAACUGGGAGAUCCCCGUGUCCACAGACGGCAAACACUGGUGGGAGUAUGUCGAUCCCACUGUCACCCUCGAGCUGCUGGACGAGCUCACACAUGAGUUUCUGCAGAUUCUGGAGAAAACACCGAGCAGGUUGAAACGGAUUCGCAACUGGAAGGCUGGAGGUCAGACACCGAAAGCCAAGCCGAAAGUCCAAGAGGAGGGCGACCAGAGGGACACCAUGAUGAGCAUGAUCUCCAUGGCCUCGUCAGAGAGCACCGUAGCGGGCCUCAUGAGCCUCUCCGCUCCACCUUCUUCCUCCUCCUCAUCAUCUGGGGGCGAGAAGGACCGAGGAGCAUCCGGCAGCGCUCAGACGUGGAGCGGGAAGGGGCAGCAGGCCGUGUCUGAGCAGCAGCAGCAGGCCAACAACGAGGUCCACGCUCCUGCUAAGGUGUCGCUGAGUGAGUACCGGGCCAAGAACGCUGAUGUCCUGGCUGCUCAAAAGAGGAAGCUGGAGAACAUGGAGGCCAGCGUAAAGAGGGACUACGCCAACGCAGCUCAGGCUCUCAUUGGUCAGCAGCAGAGGAAGGAGAAGCAUCACCAGCAGUCUAGCUCCUCCUCUGCUGACACGGCCAACCCCUCACCCAUCAUCCUGAAAAUCCCCCUGGAGAAGGAGAGGCACGAACGGAGCUCUCUGAAAAUGCGUCUCCCCCUCGCUGGCGGAGGAAGCAGCGGGCACAGCGCCAGCUCCAGGGGUCAGGACCAGGACAUCAAAGUGAGGAUACGAGUGCCUGAGAAGCAGAGAGGGGGAUCAGGAGAGGAGGGCAAGAGCAGGGACAAGCACAGGGAACGCUCAAACCAUCAUCACCAUCAUCACGAUCACCACCACCACUCCUCCAGCGGUGCCUCUCUCUCCUCCUCACACAAACACUCAUCCAGCUCCAGAGGGGCGACUGGGAACAGCAAAAAAGUCCCCAGUGACUCCUCCCGAACUGGCUCCUCGUCCUCAUCCGCCUCACGAAAGAGGACGCACUCCCAAGACUCCACAGCUGGCUCUCACCCUGCUGCUAAAGCCAGCAAGUCCUCGAGGAACCCCUAUCAGCUGCCGUCCCUGUCUUCCUCCUCUGGGCAGACUCUGGGGCACGGUGCUGACAUUCUUCCAGCACUGAGCCUCCCUCACCACCAGGGGAGCUAUUCACACUCCAAAGGCGACAAGACGGACACAAACGGGCACGGUGCGGCGGCGGGGGCUCAAUCGAACGAGUACCAGGAUACUUUUGAAAUGUUAAACUCUCUUCUGAGCGCGCAGGGGGUCCAGCCGUCCCAGCCGUCCAUGUUUGACUACAGAUCGCAGUACGGGGACUUCAGGUACGGCGGAGGCUCCAGGGGGAGUAACUCCAGACCCCCACCCCUGCCUUCAGAACCGCCUCCCCCUCUGCCACCAUUACCCAAAUGAGUUCCUGAGCAGGAGAUGAAUUGUGUACAUUGUACUUGACAUCCAUCUUGUUACAUAAAGUAUUGUAUAAUUUCUCACCCAGCAUUUUUUACAGCAGAGAAAUGUACCGCUGAGUUUUUCUCCCUGUCCCUGGGGCAAUAAUAAGAAGCUUUAAAAGCUUAAAAUGUGAUUUAAAAAGAGAAGUGUAGAUAUUUUUAUUUUUUUGCUUUCUGUUUUUAAGUGAAAUGAAUCACGAUGAUGGGACCUGGUAUUUUUACCAUCACUGUUUUAGAGGAAGUCAUCCCCUUGAAUCAUGAGAAACUAAAGAUUAGGUCACAGCCCUGUUCGAUCUUCUUAAGAUUGUCUUUUUAUAAUGUUUUUAUAGCAUGUUAUUUAUUAAUUGAAUGCUUUUAACGAAAACAUAGUCUCAUUUUCUACCUUUUUAAGGUUCUCCCUGUGUUAUUUUAGGGCAGAGGGAUAUUUCUUCAUCAAGACUGUACAGGCUAGUUUGAGAGUGCAUGUCUCCAAAGCCAUCUUUUCAAUAUUUUUCUCCCUGUUUUAUACUUUCUUUUGUUUUUAACACCAUAAUCUUUAAAAAAAAAAAAGGUGAUUGCCCCGGCCCUGGAGCUGAAAUAUUUUAUUUUCUGCAUUCUUGGGUGAAACUGUAAACAGAUUGUAAGAUGUUUAAAAACGAACAUGAGAUAUUUUUUACAUUUUGUUAUGGGAAAUUGCAAAAAAAAGAUGUAAAUUAAGGAAGCUUGUACUAUUUUUUUUGUUGUUUUUUUUAGAUUUUGAGUGUUGCAGUCAUUGUUUUAAAUGGUUGUAAAAUAUUCAUACUCAGCUAUCUAAUCAGUACACUAACAGUGAAAGUUCAUACCAAGGGUAAAGGACCAUGGUUUAUCAAAGAGCUCAGACAUAUCUACUCGGUGUGGUCACAGUGACGGGACAGCCGGCUGAAUGAUGUGAGUUUAUCCUCUAAUGUAGCCACAUGUGGAGGUUUAUUAUGAACUCAAAGAUGUAAAGAAGCAGAAUAAAUGUACAUGUGUGAAUUAAAGUCAGGGAGCAUAUUCAACCAUCUGAACUGUACGAGCUUGUUGAACAUCCCCUUCUAGAGCCGGUAGUGUUGACAAGGAGGAGGCUCUCCCUUUGUGGCAAUAACAUCAGCAACUCUACUGAAGGUUUUUUUAAAGAGUUUGAAGUGUGUUUGUUGUUUUCCCCCCAAUCUGUGUUGUCUUCUUUUCCCACGAUAAAGAGGCAGGCCGCAAAAAACUCCUCAUCAUGUCUUUGUGGAUCUCUCUUUGUGCACAAGAAGACGGUCGAGGGCUAAUAUUACUUUGUACCCUGUAGCAUUAAGUCAGGCCGGAACACAUACUCUGAAAAGGAGCCUCAGACCUUUAUGCAGUCUGAUUCAUACGCGUCUUCAAACGGCCGCAAAAUCCUGAUUCAUCCUUAAAGCUGACGGGAAGUGCAGCCUCAUGUUCCCUUCAGAGGCAGGUUAAAGCUCAAUCAUGCAACACUUGAUUUAAUAUUUAUCACAUGCUGUCUCCUCUGGGUUUGCAUGGUCCAGAAUUGCAAGAAAGACUCCCUCCUUCUCUAACUUGCAUCCAUGUUUCAUCGUCCGCAGUGAAUUUGAAUGCAAGUUACAAAGUGUGGGUGUCAUUUUGCAAUUUUGGACCGUCUUCUUUGCUCCUGUUUCAUGAAAUGGAACAGCAAAGGGCUAAGCUGAUCACUAUAAUAGCAUUUACAGAUGAAUCAGACAGAUAUAAAGUUAAUGGGCUCCUUCACACUUGUCAUAGCUGUGUCUUCAUGUUGAUUUUAUGACUGUUUGCUGGAUUUUAUUUCCCGUGUGUGGCCAAAAUGACGACUCAGUAUACGUAGCGUUGCUCCCUGACUUUUUUUUUUUGUGUCACCCUGAAAGUUGUGAAGUUUUCUGCUGGAGUUCACUUUCCUGUGACCACAUCGAGUACAAAUAUAAAGCGACGUAUUCAAAAUACACAAUAUCAAAGAGUAAUGAAACAUCUGUUGUGUUUAUGGCUGUCUUUCAUUUGUGCAUUUCCUUCUGGGGGUGUCUUAAAUGUGUUGACCUCUGUGUACAACGUGUCUGUUCAUACUGGUCUGAGAUUUAAUCAUGUUUAAAGCUGUAUUUUGAAUCCAUAACCUUUAAAACUACGUUGUGAGUUACUUCAGCUUCAGAUUUGUCGUUUAUAAUCCAUCAUCAAGCCAUGAUUCAUUAAAAAGUGUUUGUGUUCUUCUGUUGUGUAAAAACA